UAAGCUCAACUAUUCAACACUUUGCGAGAAGCUUCUUCUAGCAGCAGCAGAGAGGGUUUUUGGGAGGAAGGGGGCAAUUGAAAAUGGCGUCUAGAACACUUGAAAUAGAGAAGAUGAGUGUGGAGCAACUAAAAGCACUCAAAGAACAAGCCGAUCUAGAAGUGAACCUCCUUCAAGAUAGCCUCAACAAUAUCCGUACUGCAACUACUCGACUCGAAAUCGCAUCUAAUGCCCUUCAAGAUCUGUCACUACGCCCUCAAGGGAAGAAAAUGUUGGUGCCUUUAACAGCGUCUUUAUAUGUGCCGGGGACACUAGAUGAUGCUGAUAAGGUUUUGGUAGAUGUCGGCACUGGAUAUUUUGUUGAGAAAACUAUGACAGAAGGAAAAGAUUACUGUGAGCGGAAAAUCAGCCUGCUAAAGUCCAAUUACGAGCAGCUUCUUGAUGUUGCGACGAAGAAGAAAAGUAUUGCUGAUGAAACUGGUGUUAUCUUGCAAGCUAAAUUGAGACAACUUGCUCCAGCACAAUAGAUCAUAUUUGUUUUUUUUUUCCGUGUUUUUGGGUGCCUACUUGUAACAUUUUUAAAAGUUACGUUUGUGGAGGUUCCUUCGUUGAUAACUCAACGAGUUCAUGUGCGUCAAAGAACUUUACGAGUACCAAAUUCUGUCUAAAUUAGUAUUGCUGGAGCUGUGGAGUAGAAGUUCAACGAGUGUUCAACGUACCUCCCUCCAUUUCACCCCCACUUUUUCCCUGUGUUAUUUUUACCUUUCGCGAGAAACAGAUGAUUGAUGAUCAUCUGUUCCAUUGUAGCAAACAUUGGUUGAUGACAAGAAGUUUAUGAUUUA